UUGGUUUCAGAUUCAGAAGAUGGAGCACCGGUUAUAAUCGAACAUCCGUUAGACGUAAUUGUUUCGAAAGGCUCCCCGGCUACCUUGAACUGUGCUGCAAAACCACCCGGAGCACAGAUCACUUGGUACAAGGAUGGCCAGCCAGUCACCACAAAUAAAGAUCAAGUGAACAGUCAUCGAAUAAUUUUGGAUACGGGUGCCUUAUUUCUGCUCAAGGUUAGCAGUGGUGAGUAA